GUCCUCGGUCACGAAAACUGAAGGGUAAAAAGAAAACGCCGGACGAGAAGCGGCCGAGAACUGCUUUCACUGCAGACCAGUUGGCCCGUUUAAAGCAAGAAUUUCAAGAGAACCGGUACUUGACGGAGAAACGACGCCAGGAUUUAGCAUUAGAUCUUCAACUGAACGAAUCUCAGAUAAAAAUCUGGUUUCAGAACAAGCGUGCUAAAAUAAAGAAAGCCAGCGGUCAGAAAAAUCCUCUGGCUUUGAAGCUGAUGGCUCAGGGUCUUUACAACCAUACCACCAUUCCCGUCCGUGACGAAGAGGAUGAAAAUUCGAACUUUCCGGCGUGA